AAGGGGUACUGGAUGCCAUUGACAACUUAUUCUUCCACCAUCUUGGACAUGAAGAAGAAUAUUGUGGGGGUCAGCGCGGAUGGUGCCAGUGUGAACUUUGGCUGCAGGGAAGGCGUUAUCUCUCAGCUUCAAACGGAAAUGCCAUGGCUUAUGGGGGUCCAUUGUAUCGCCCAUAGACUAGACUUAUCAGCCAAGGAUGCCUUCAUGGGCACAUUCUUCACUAAAGAUAUUGAUGCUUUCUUGACGAUGUAGUCUGCGAUUUAUCGAAGAUAUCCAAAGCGUCUUAGAGAGCUAACAGCAAUGGUGGAGCUCUUGGAUGAAAGCAUCAUCAGGCCAACCCGCACUGAUGGAACCAGGUGGGUUGACCACAAGCAAAGGGAUCUCCAGGCCCUGGAGAGGAACUACGUUGCGGUGGCAGCACAUUUUACGAAGAUCGGAAGUGAGCAGAGAAGCGACGUCAGGAAAGAAGAUGCUGUCAAAGCUAGGGGCAUGGUGAAAAAGAUGUGCUCCUACAAGUUUGUGCUGUACAUGGCCAUGUACAUUGACAUUUUGCAGGAACCUUCGCAAGUGUCCCUUGUGUUUCAGAAAGAGGACAUUUGCCUAGCUGAUGUGAUAGAAGUGGUAAGAACAACAGAAGAGAUUCUUCAUGACAUGUGCAACAAGCAUGGACCCAAGCUUCAGUCUGUGAAGAGGCAGUGCAGUGAAGGAAGCUACCGCAGUCUUGCUUUGACUGGAUUUGAAACUGGACAUGCUCAGUUUCUUGCUUCUCGACCACAUCACAUCCAGCCACUCAUCAACUGCCUGGAGCAGAGGUUUUCCACUUUCAGGGAUGAUGAGCUCUUGUCAGCAGUCCAGUCACUGAAUCCUAAGACCUGGCCGGAGGACCUGAAGGACUUGGGCUGUAAGGUUGAUGACGACGUGAGGAUCACUUCGAGGCUGCCCUUGUGGCAAAUGGCUGUAAUCCUGAUGCAGCUAUAGCAGAGUGGCUCCGUCUGAAGAAGGUUCUCCACAUCUACUACAAACCUGGAGUAUCAUGGAAGAAGUUCUGGGGAACUUUAUUCCUCAACAGGCAGAAUGACUUCACAAACGUUUUUCAUGUCAUAGAGAUCUUGCAAGUCUUGCCACUCGCUACAGCAACUGUUGAACGAGGUUUCUCACUGAUGAAUCGGAUCAAAACCGACUGAAGGGUGAAGCUACAUACUUCAACCCUAGAUGACCUCAUGAUGAUAUCUUUAGAGGGGCCAUCGGAGGAAGUGUACCGCUCUAGCUCGGCAGUAACCAAAUGGGUUAAAGCAGGAAAGCAGAGCAGGCGUCACUGUUUGGAGACAUAUGGCCCCAGACUCGCUGCCGCUGAUGCUGAGGAUGAAGAGGCAUCUGAGGAUGGAGAGCCAUCCGUCGAUCUGGAAGAAGAAAGUGAAAACACAGAUUAAGAUGAGGAUGUAGAGAACACUACUGGACUGAAAGGAACAAAGUCUAACCACUGACUCAUUAAGUUUAUCAGGAAGAAGAGAACACUGACUCAUUAAGAUAAUCUGAACACUGACUGAUUAAGAUAAUCAG